GUUUAGCACGGUGGGAUCACGAGUAUGGUGGUUCGGCCACACCACCCGAACCCCUGGCCCUCGGAUCCAUGCCAAGUCACGUGACCCACCAAUACCACGUGCCAACGUGCCGUCUCUCCCAAACCCCCCCUGCCCUUUAUCCUCACCGCCGGAGCGCCCCUUCGUCUUCAGAUCUCCUCCUCCGAUUCAUGUUCAAUUCUACCAAAUUCUUAUAUAGAAGGUAAUUGAUAAUAAAGCGGCCAUGAUGGGUCCGGAGACCCCAUUCGGGUUCGAGUCGCCCCCCGUGAGAGAAGAGAUGGAGAGCCUCGCCCUCUCCGACGCCCCCUCCUCCGACUACCGCUCUGCCAUGUCCUCCUCCCUCCCCACCGCCGUCUCCGCCGCUUCCGUGGACGCCGGUGGUGGUGAUCCACUCCUCUACCCUCCUCACCACCUCCAGUUCUCUCCCUCCUCCCCUGCCUACGGCGACGGCGGGGACGCCUCCUCCUCGUCGGCCUCCUCCUUCCUCGAGCCGCCCUCCUAUGCCGACGUCGUCUUCAGCCCCUUCGAGUCCCAGAACAACGGCGGUUCCGAUCAGGGUUCCUUCGUCCACCGCGACUGCUCCCCCAGAUCCGCCCGUACCGCCGCCUCCGACUACCUAAAGAUCGCGGUCGCUGACCCGCAAAAGGAGCAGGAGACCGCGAAUUCGCUCGUCCCAGGCGGCGCGACCUACGUCACCUACCUGAUCACCACCCGCGUCCGCUCCGCCGCCGCCGGGGAAGUUGAGACUGGGCCGAUCGAGUUCAGCGUGCGGCGUCGGUUCCGGGACGUGGUGACGCUCGCCGAUCGGCUUGCGGAGGCCUACCGAGGCUUCUUCAUCCCACCGCGGCCGGAUAAGAACGUGGUCGAGAGCCAGGUGAUGCAGAAGCACGAGUUCGUGGAGCAGCGGCGGUCAGCGCUUGAGAAGUACCUGUGGCGGCUCGCGGAGCAUCCGGUGAUUGGGAAGAGUGAUGAGCUUAGGGUGUUCCUGCAGGCGAAGGGGAAGCUGCCGUUACCGACCACCACAGAUGUGGCAUCGAGGAUGCUAGAUGGUGCGGUGAGGCUGCCAAAGCAGCUCUUCGGUGAGGGACCAGCUGCACAAGUCGCGCCACAAGAUGUAGUGCAGCCUGCAAAAGGAGGCAGAGACUUGCUGAGGAUAUUUAAGGAGCUGAAGCAGGCCGUGACCAAUGACUGGGGAGGAGUGAAGCCAUUGCUGGUGGAGGAGGACAAGGAGUUCUUGGAGAGCAAGGAAAAGAUGCAGGACCUUGAACAGCAGCUCAGCAUUGCAUCUCAGCAGGCUGAGGCUCUAGUUAAAGGACAACAAGAUAUUGGGGAAACAAUGGGAGAGUUGGGUUUGGCCUUCAUCAAAUUGACAAAGUUUGAGACUGAGGAGGGUGUAUACAACACUCAGAAAGUCCGAGCUGCUGAUACCAAAAAUGUUGCAACUGCUGCUGUAAAAGCAAGCAGGCUAUAUCGAGAAUUGAAUGCUCAAACUGUCAAACAUCUGGACACACUGCAUGAAUAUCUAGGAUUAAUGUUAGCCGUCCACAGUGCAUUCUCAGACAGGGCCAGCGCUCUUUUGACAGUCCAAACACUAAUGUCAGAUUUAACAACCUUGAAUACAAGAAUUGAGAAACUUGAAGCUGCAUCCUCGAAGAUAUUUGGUGGUGACAGCUCAAGACUCCGCAAAGUGGAGGAGCUAAGAGAAACAAUAAGAGCCACUGAGAAUGCUAAAAUCUGUGCCAUUAAAGAGUAUGAGAGGAUAAAGGAAAACAAUCGGAAUGAACUUGAUAGGCUAGACAGAGAAAGGCAUGAUGAUUUUCUUAGCAUGCUGAAAGGGUUUGUAAUAAAUCAGGUUGGAUAUUCAGAAAAGAUUGCAAAUGUCUGGGCAACCGUGGCCGAAGAAACGAGUAGAUAUGCAAGAGACAGAAAUUAGGUUGUGAAUGUAAACCGAAAAUUUAUCUUCCAGCCUAUUUUCUACCACACAUGAGUGUACACUACUUUGUAGGGAGGGAAAAAAAAAAAGAAGAUUCAAAGCAAACCAUAAUAAUUGCUGGAUCCUUGUUUUGUUCUGCUUGUUUAGCCUCCAUAUGACAGCCUCUCUAUGGUCUCAAGUUACUUUAUUGAAACAAUGCUGUUUGGGUCAGUAAAAGACAAGUUUGGGAAUUGCUCGUGAAAUGUGUGAGAUAUAAAUUGUAAUGUUUGAUGUGUUUUAUUCUUA